AUGCCACGCGCAUGCCCCGUCACGCGCGCCUCCAAGCGCCUUGUGAAGGCCCGCGCCCCCACCCAAGACAGGCCUAUCAGCUCUUCUUCCUCCGCUUCCCAGCUGCGCACCACCGCUGCAGCAGCACUCGAGGCAAACUCGCAGUUAGGAUCGUCUUCCUCUGCAGGACGUCAAGUCCAAUCUUCUUCCUCCACCCACCGCAAUGGUCCAGACUCGGCCGCCUAUGAGGCACCACUGUACAACCUGCACUCCCCGGCCACAGGCUGCCCCUACUGCCCCUUCACCACCACUCAGUCCUCCGUCGAAUUCGAAGGCUUCAACAUCAUCAUCCAUCCGUGCCCGUGCGGUCAAGACCACGCCCACGCCACAACGGUUCUGGCGCACCACCUCUCCUUCUGCUCUGGCAAAGCCGACAUCGACAAUGAGCUCAGCGACACGUCCUCUUAUAUCGCCGCGCCGCCACCAGCGCAGACCAUCCAAGAAGACGCCAUCAGCUGGGGCCAGUUCGAGAACAUCCAGGCCAUGUUGAACCGCCCCACCGCCAACCCAACCCGGUCACCCUCACCACCCCCGCGACGCUGGCGCCAGCUUGCCCCGCAUCCCCCGUGCUCCCCACCUGCGCCAGUUGCAGGAGACCUACAACCCUCCUCCGACGGCCCCGACUGCGACACCCACGCCGAGCAGCAGCGCGCAUCGCCGCACGUCUGCAUCACCUGCACCCAACCAUUCACAACACGGGUCCAUGUCUUCAAGAACGGACGUAUCCACACACCGUUCAUGCUGUACAGCUGCGGGUGCGGCGAGCGCUUCAGCCGCGAGUAUCCGAACAUGAGGGUGCGUGUCGAUAUCAAGCAGGAGGAGCACCAGGCACUCGAGACGGACAUCGAGGCUGCCCGUGAGCGCGUCAGGAAGGAGUUUGGUAGUGUCGUCGCGGCGGCGGUGAGGCGGCGGGUUAGGUCGCGGCCGGGGGCAUGGGUGCUUGCCAAGGGUGUGGAGGAGGGGGAGGAGGGGGAGGGAGACAAGGAGAAGGGGAAGGUGGCCUAUUUGUCGAGGUCUGGGAUGAGUAAGAAGUGGAAUAAGUACGCGUAUGGACUGAAUGUACGGCGCAAGAUGAGUGAGCUCGCCUGUGAGGUUUGUGGGGAGGAGUUUGCGGAUGUGGACAAAGUGGCGAUGCAUCGGAGGGGGCAUCAGGUGGAGGAGAGCGAGAUGGAGAGGAGGAGUAAGACGUGCGAUUGUGGGAGUGUCUUUAGAACAAAGGAAGACCUGGAGGCGCAUGGUUCGCAGUGUCGUCUCGUGAGGAAGGAUAAGAGGGGAAACAUCGAGAAGAAGUAG